AUGUAUCAAGAAAGGCAAUUGGAAAGUAAUGAAGCUGAAAUUAGAAUAAAUGACGAAUAUCUAAUUGGACAGCCUAAAGGUGCACUAACUAUUCUUGAUAAAUAUAGUAAAUUUAUAGGAUUUAUAAUUUCUAAACCUGAAAAAAAAGAUAGAUCGGAAAUAGCUUAUGCAUUGUAUUGUGAAUACUGGAAUAGAGGAAUAGGGCAAUCAGUUUUAAGUAAGAUGGUUGAUGAGUGGGGUCCUGAAGUAUGCAGAAUUGGUUUAGGAGAAAAUCUUUACAUACAGAAUAAACAAGAAAUUUUUCAAUUUAAUGGUAAAGAAUUAGAACAAUUCAGGGCUACAGUUAGACCUAUAAAUGUCAGUUCUUGGUCUAUCCUUAAGAAAGUAGGUUUUGAACCAGUACUAGCAGACAAAUUAAUUGAUUUUGAAAAUAAAAGUACUCAAAUUCUAACAGAAAAAAUUAAACUUGACAAUAAAUUAGAUCCUUAUAUUUCGAUUAAGGAUCAAAUUGCUCAUCGUUUUAAAAAUAUUAAAGUAUAUGCUGUAUCCGCAAAAUACGAUGACUCUAAAAAAAUCGUCAUUAAAAGACCUUAUUGCCCAAAUGGAUUUGUUGCUACUAUUCUUCAUGCUUAUAACUAUCAUAAACAUUUACGUCUAAGUUCUGAUAAUGUUUGGCUUACAAUUUCUCAAGGUGUUAGUCAUCAUAUUAAUUAUAAUUAA